UGUAACCCUUGCAAAAUGAAGUAAGUUACGUUAAAACCGCAGAGUUUAACGCGUGCUUCCCGUAUACACCUAUAAUACGAGUGCAUGCGUGUAAUUGUUGACUAUAUUUUAAACGACAAACAAAUUUGCAGUAAUUUUUGUUUUAUUUUUUUUUAUUGUUUGCGUUUUUAGAACCCCUUUGAUGUGGCGCGUCUUUGUUUUAUCUGCCGUGUUGGCUCAAGGAUUGGACGCUUGGAGAUCGGACCACGAAGAAUGUGCUCUACCCCUGAAACACUUUAAAUACAUAUCGUAAGUAUAGUAAUAGUAUUUUAUAUAUUUUUUCAAACGUUUAAAUGAAUUACUUAUAUUAUAUUGUAAUUGAAUAGGUUUUGUGAGAAACAUCGUACGAUACAAACGUGUAUUUCCUUAAAAAACAUUUUGUUUUCUAUAUUUUUAAUUAUAAUUAAUUAAGAUCAAUAUUUUUUGCAAUCUUUUUUUUUUAUAAACCAAUUAUUUUAAGUAAGGUUUUGUUGAUUUAUCAUAUAUAUAUCACUAAACAAUUUGUUUAGACUUAUCUUAUGUAUCUUAUUAUAGGACUUAUUAGGACCAUUAGGUUUUAAUAUUUGCCAUAUGAAUAAUCACAUGGCUUAUAGUGUUUAUAACAAUUAAAUAUUGGUUUGUUAUAUUUCUUCUCGUGGAAAAUAUUUAUUAGAAAGUGUAAAAUAUUAAAACCUGACUUUUCGUAAUUCUAACAAAAACCGUCCCAUUAUUAUUACUGGCAACUCGUACGUCUACAUCUAUAUCUAUUCUAUACCCUUUACGACCCAAAUAUCGAUAUUUCGUAAUCAAUACGAUUAUACACCAUUAUUGUACAUCGAGCCUCUUCUUGUAAAAAAAUCUAAAAAUUAAUAAAACGGCUGAUAUAAUAGUUAUAUAUACAAUAUUACUUGUUUCUAUUUUAUUUUUUUUUUUUUUAAAUCAUAUUUGUCUCUAUAAAUAAUAGUUACCUUUGUAUAAAUAUAUUUUUAUUUACAUUGUAAAAUAAUUUAUAUAAAACAAUGUAGUUCAGAUUAUUUUACAAUUCAUAAAAGUUUAUAAUAUUUAAAUAUACUUAUAUUAUGUAAAGCAUAUAACAAUUUAUCUACUCGAUAUUUUAUAUAAGUAUAUCUUAUUAAUUUAGAAUAAAGAAAAUGCUGUAUCCUCAAAUUUUGUCAUGACGAUGAUUUAACAUAGAAGGCGGAUAUUAACGAUAAUCGAGAGAGCUAAGCCCCUCUCCCCCAGAAUGCUUUAAAGUCGUGUUUUUUAUUCGUUUUUUUUUAAGCAAUUAAGAACUUGUUAACGUUUACAAAACAUGAUUAAAAAAAAAAUUAAUUUAAGAAUUUCGUUUCACAUAAUAUUUUUAAAUAUUUCCUAUAUUAUAUAAUAAACAUAUACCUAAAUGUAAUUGAAAUCGUAAUAUUAUUUGUGCUAUUUCUGCGCUUUAUUCAUAUUCAAUUGACAUUCUCGAAACGAUUGCAAUAUCAUAAAAUAAUAUAUUCACUAUUUAUUUUAGUACCUAGGUGAUAAAGUACCUAUAUUAAUAAUAAGAUCUACUGACAUUAAAAAAUAUACGUUUGUGUGUGCAUGUGUAUGUGUGUGUGUGUUUGCUUUUAUCUUAGAGUUUAGAUUCUAAGUAUAGUGAAUAAUGCCGUUUUUCACCCGGUAGUACUUUAUUUCAAAAAAAAUGUCUAAAUUCUCAAAUAUUUUUUCUUUGCAAUUAAAAAAACACUAAGAACAAUUGCCGACAAAAAUUAUAUUUUUGUUGAUUCACCUUGUCUACGAUACCAAAAACACGACUAAUACUUCAAUACUAAAUAUACUACUCCGCUUAGAAUCGCUUUUUCGUUUUCAAUAAUUUAUUAUUGCAUACAGUUUAUAAACUUAAUUAUCCUGUAUAUCUUACCUUCUGAAUUACUCACCAAUAACAGAAGGCCUAAUCCGUAAGCAGUAUCAAUUUUUUUAAUAUUCUUUACUAAUAACUUCUAACUGCACACAACGUGAUAAAGUUAUUAUUUGGCCAUAAUUUACGGCAAAAAAGAAAAUAUCAAUUUGAAUACUAUGUACAUAUAUCGUGGUAUAUCUAUAUGUACAUAUAAUAGUUUUAUGUAUAUAGAAUUUUUUAAAGUUCAAAUAUUAAAGAAAAAAAUAUCAAUCAAGAGAAAGUAUAUAAGAGAGCAUUUCACUUAUUGCGCGGAAACUCCUUGCGACACAUUGGUCUAUUAUAUAUGACUUCGCUAGAUGUAUUUAAGAAAAAAAAAUGCUUACUCAUCCCGUUUAAUUCAAAACAAAAUCGAUUAACAACAAUUAAACUAUAAACAAUAAUACAAAAACGUAUCGAUACUGUUUUCGUAGAUAUAUUGUACUAUUUAAAAUACAAUAGAGAUUUUUUUUGGAGAUUUCCGCAUGCAUAUAUAAUAAUAUAUUAUAAUAUCGAGUGAUCAUAUAUAUAUAUAAGAGUGUAUAAAUACGAGCAAGGAAAGUUAGAAAUUUCCUUUCGAACUUGGGAAGGGAAGGAGAAAGUGCAUUCAAAUAUUUCGAAACCUAAAGCGGAUUACUUAUCAAAUAGUUUUUCAUCGAUAUAUCAACUCUAACAAGAAAAAAAAAUACUUGUCAUUUAUUUCAUUCCCUCCUUCUCUCUCUCUCUCUCUCCUUAUUCAGUAUCUCUUUUUCUCUCGCAUGUUAUUGAAAUACCUAUUAUCGAUUUCAAAAUAAAAACUAUAAUACCUUUAUAAUAAUUAUUAUUUUUAAAAACAUCUAUUAGCUAGUACAAAUUGUAUUCCUUUAAUAUAUCAUAAAAUAUUCAAAUAUAAAAUUAUAUAGUAUUCUUUAAUUUAUAAAAUUUAAUUAUUCGAAAUGUUUAAACAAAUGUGUGUUUAUUGACUACAUAAUAUUGACUAUACAAAAAUGCAGUCGAUUAUUGUUUAAUACAAUCUAUAAGCAUACGGAUUAAUAUUAUAAUAUAUAAACUAUUCUGAUUACAGACCAUCUGGUUAUGGCGAGAAAUGUAUUACGUACACUAAUGUUACGGACGCAUUCCAUGAAGCAUGCAGAGGCAUAUUGGGUAUAGAACCGGGAACCGAUGAUUUAACGGAUAUUCAGUUGGAUAAUUUUGGAGAUGUAAUCCAAGAAACGACAAGAAUUCUAUGUGACUGGUAUGUCUUUAAUAUAAUAUUUAUAUUCAUACAAUUACUGUUAAAUAUGCGGCCAGACAAAUCUAUUUUAGAUUCGAAGCGUAGUGAGGGAUCGGUUUUACAAUGAUGUGUAUUUUAUUUUAUUUUUUUUUCUGUCUAUGAACAACUUUCUGAACGAAAAUUUUGUCUAAUUGGCACAAUUCUUUCUAAUUGAACUCUUUGGUCAUUUUUUAAAUUUCUAAGGGGUUUUAAAAAUAAUUAGGAAAAACCGGAAAAAAAUUGUAGGUAAAAUGACAAAUAUUUACAGAGUGCCGUGAUGUUAUCGAAUUUAUUGAUUUAAAUUUUUGUAACUUAUGUUUUAUCCCAGAAAUAUUACUCUUAUAGUCUCAUCGAAAAAUUAAAAAAGAUUAAUUUUGUUCUUUUUAACAUAUAGCUAUUGAUAAAGAAAAUUAUUUUUUUAUAUCUAAAGUAAUUUUCAUAAUAAUUAGGAAAAACCAAGAAAAAACGAAGUAUAACAUUUUUUCAAAAUUGAUUCUGAAUUUAUUGAAGUAUGUAUUGGUUUUACAAAGAUGUUUUUUAUUUAUUUAUUUAUUUUUAUGCGAACAUUUUCUACCAGAAAGCAAACUCCGAUUAUCAAGUAUAGCACCUUUUCUGAAAGGAAAUGUUCUUUGGGUACUUUAGAGAGGUCAUUUGUUGUAAUUUCAUUAAUAUUCGAGAUAAUGAGGAAUACCUGGUGGUUCUUUAGGUUAAAAAAAUUGAAAGAUUAAAAAUAAGAUUGUCAUUGGCAACCGUUUUCAUUUAUUUUUUAUUACUAUUAAGUUUUUAUUAUUUUAAUAUUUUUCAAACAAUCAUAGUUGUCAUAGAAACACAUAUUGUUGUAAUCAUUUUACCGUAAUAUGACAUGUUGACAAGGCAACACUAUCAACUUAACUCCACUCAGAAUCAUUUUUUUCCUUAGCAAUGGUUAAUCGUUGCGUACAGAUAAAAAAUAGAUUUCCGUCUGUAUCCUAUAUUUCCAACUUCCCACCUACAACAGUGAUUGCACCCAACCCCUUGCAAAAUAUGUCUGUCUUUUUUUUAAUGUAAUUCAAUUAAUAAUAUUCGUAGAAACAUGAAAUUUCGACAGAAAACUUAAAUUUAUCUUUUUUAGACGUGAUAAGAAUUUCAAACAUUUGAGCCAUUUUUGAGGAAUUUAUGUAUACUUUAACUGUGCAAGUUUUUUACGUAAUUUUUAUUUGAUACUCUUUGAAUAAAAUAAAUUUUCAGACUAAACAGAAAUGCUUAAAAAUUUGACAAGAGGUACAUAAUAAGUCGUAAUUGUUUAUGGUUAAAAAAACAAUUGAGUGUUUUGUAGUAUAUAUUAGAUUCUGUGUGAAGCGAAGAAGCUUACGGUUUUACAAAGAUGUUUAUUUAUUUAUUGUUUUAUUUUUUUAUCUGUGUGCAACUUUUCUACCAGAAAUCUUGCUCCAAUUUACAAUGAUAUCUCUUUCUCUGAAAAGGAAUUUGACUAGGGAGGUACUUUAAAGAGGUCAUUUUUCGAUUUUUCCAGGAGUUUUCCUUUUGCAAAUUGAAAAUACCGAGAAAAAACUGAGGAAAACGGAAAAAUGUACGAAAUGUAGGUAUUAGUUGAAAAAAUAUUACAGUCUGAUUUUUUCCUGUUAACAACUUUUUGACCAACAAUUUUGCUCCGAUUUAUAAUAGUAACACUUUUUUUGAAAGAGAAAUCUGACGGGGGUGGUACUUUAGGGAGGUAAUUUUUUUGAUUUUCUUAGAAGUUUUCUCAAUAUAUUCGAAAAUCCGGAAAAAAACGGGAGAACGGAAAAAUAAGUACAUUAUUAAACAAAUAUUAUUGAAGAAAAUGUUUAAUGAUAUACAAUCAUGUAUAAUAAUUUUACCAUAAUAUAACAAAUAUAUUGUUGACAAAGCAACACUAUCAACUGAAUUCCACACCCAUGUGCGAAGCAUAUACGUUUUUUUAAAAUUAAAUUAAAUCGUUUCAAUCUUUUAACAAUCAAUUUUAAUGUUGAUGUUAUUAUGUAUAGACUGAAUUAGUAUUAUAUUAAUUUUCUUAAAUUAAAAUAUAAAAUUGUUUUUAUAAUAAACCAAUAGUACGGGUAUUAUAUACAACGUAUCAAAAUUAUUUCGACUAACAAAUGGUAUAAAUAGGUACACUUUUUAUAAUUCGUUUAUACAGGUUCGGUCUGACCAAAGACCAAGUGCGGAGUCUACUACCAAUUAUUAACACGGCAAACACGGACAUUGGUUCAUAUUGUCCUAAAGAAUUAAAAUCGUAUCCAGGGAAUGACUGCGGAAACGGAAUCGGGUUUCGUUCGGCCGAUGGAAGGUGUAAUAAUUUUGUCCAUCCACAUUGGGGUGCAUCAAAAUUACCCUUCAAAAGAUUCAUACCACCCGAUUAUGGCGACGGUGAGUUGGCCGGAUUUAACAUUCGUUAUUUUAUUUUUUUUAAAUGGAACGAUAUAAAUAUUUGAAUGCUGAAUUGCGAUACUAUGUUGAAAACUAUUUUUCAAAUCACAGGUAUCAAAUCGAUCAGGACGAGCAUCACUGGAUUUCCGUUACCCAAUCCUAGGUCCAUCUCGGCCCGAGUGCACAAGGACAUAGCUAGACCACACCGUACCGACAUUACGUUUAUGUUCGCCGCUUUCGGGCAACUCAUUGACCACGACCUAACUCUUACCGCGGAAACCAAAGGUAUGAAAAUAUCCGAAGGAAUUUCUUUUUUCACCGUAUUUGAACCUUCUAUGGAUUAUCCACCUACAUAGAAACUGCAAUGUAACUAUAUUAUAUUUUUUUUAUCGUCUAUCAGACCCGAUCACCAGACAAGAGAUUAAGUGUUGUUCGGGAGCUUCCCAUCCGUACUGCAUACCCGUCAACGUGCCUACCGACGACCAAUUUUUCGUCGGCAGCCACCGUCAAAGAUGCAUCGACAUGAUCAGAUCAUUAGCCGGUGUUAAUAUCGAUUGUCCAUUAGGUAAUUAAUAUAAUUUUGUGAUUUAUCGAUAUUGGUAAAUUUUGCCUCUAAUAAUACACCGUACGUAACCGCAAACACCGUAUAGUAAUUUUAAAUAAACCGUGAAAAAACCAAUAAAAAUAAAUAUAGAGGAUAAUAAUUUAGUUUUGUAAAAAACAUUUAAUGCAUUUUUGCAUUUAUGAUACAGCACUCUCGUUGAUAAAUCUAAUAUUGGUCCCAAAGAAGAAUGGUUUUAAUACAAGCAAAUUAAACUUUAAAAAUAUUUGCUAUACAAAUUUAAAUUCCUAUAAAUGUCUAUAAAAAAAAAACAUAUUCCAACAAUUGGCUUAAGCUCUUCUUUCUUGAGACCGAAGAAAUAUCUCUUUCUCUCUCUUUAUAUAUAUACAUAUAUAUAUUUAGGUUAUGCAAAACGCAUAUAUCUUUCUCAAUAUACCUAUCUAAUUUAUUAUAAUAUAGAUGUUGUUUGUAUGACAGUAAUUUUUUUUCUUGCGCAAAAGUGUUUACGAAUACACAAUAAAUAAAUAGAUCGGUUGAUUACAAGUUGAUAAAUUUUCAUUUUUAAAUUUUGUUAAAAUUGCGGCUGUUUCCUGAUGUACGUAUAACCAAUAACGUGUUGUCUGUUUAUCAGGCAAUAUUAUAUAUUUUAAGAAAUAUAGGGUAAAUAUGAAACUCUCGCAUUCGAAACAGUCGGGGAAAAAACGGCCAUUGAAAUAAAUAUAUAUUUUUUUUUUCUAUACGGGACGAUUGAAAGGCGAGCAAAACAAUAUUAUAGAUCGGUGGCGACCGUAUUGGUGGUUGUGGCGGACGAACACGCCGGUAGAACCGUGUGCGCGUGUUCGUUGUGCGGCUGUGAUGAUAGUGGAGGGUAGUGUUGGGAGGAAGGGUAGUGGUGAUGCGAAAACGACGAUGCGAGAAUUGCGGGGUGGCGGUGGCGCCGCACUGUCACCCUCACGCUACCUCCGAAUAGGACCCUGGUACUGGUAACCUUUUUACAGGGUUCGACCACCUCGGUCAAACAACCCUCUGCGUCGGCAAUGACAGCGGUGACUAUCCACCGCUCAUAGGACCCUGUUGCCGGUGGGCGGACGAGGUCCCUUUUGGUGUAUAUACGAUACGUCAUCAGCGGCUCUGCCACGGUGGUCGAUCGGCUUUGUCCCCGAAUUCGCGGCGGCGGCGCCACACCCUCACGGCUGACGACCACGACGGUAUACGUAUACUGGUACCGUUUCGCGGCCUGCGACCCUGGUCGGCCAAGACGCCUCGGCGCCGGUGUUUUGCGAUGGUGCAAUAUUUACGUGCGUCUCAAAGACUUACGCACGGGUCAGUGUAACGCGCGCACUCGCAACGAAGACGAUGACUCAUGGAAAGAAUCGGUGACGUUUAGGUUGAUGGUGCGCGAGCGCACGGGGCUCGCCCCUUUUUCGCGUCCGUCGGUUUUAAUUUUCGAUGGGUUUUAUUCGGUUCGUUUUUUCAUCGCCUAGUGACGUCACCACACGCGAACAUUAGCGAGCGUCCCUUCAGCCGUACCGCCGUGCCGCGCCCCGCCUACGACGGGCAAGGAUUUUUUUCUGCACGUACACAUAGCCACGCAGCAUAUAGCUACGCAACCGCAUACGUUACCAAUACAAUAGUUUUAAUCAUUCUACUAAGACGGCCGCCGGGCGAUCAUGUUAAUCGUAUUAUCCGUUUAAAUAAAAUUGAUUUUGAAAGGAUUUGAUUUUCUACUAGUUCAUAACGAACUUUAUAAUAAGCUGUAAAUAAUAUGAUUCAUGUACAGAAUUAUAACGUAUAUGGAAUACAGAAUAAUGCACAUAAAUGUAUUUAUUCAUUUUUGGUUUAUUUUGAAAUUGUACUAUUUCUUUUAGAUUCGAAGAAAAUCAAGGGAUCUAGUUGGUUUUACUAUAAUGUGUUUUUUCCUUUUGUCUGUAAACAAAUUUUUGAAAAUAAAUUUUGCUCCGAUGUUUAAAGUGAAAAAGUGAAGCACUUAUUCUAAAAAUAAAUUGUACCUGGUUCGUUCAUUAGAUAAAUAGUCUUUUGAUUUUUCCUGCAGUUUUAUUAAUAAUUCGAAUAAAUCGGAAAGAAAAUCAUAGGUUAAACAACAAAUAUUUACGCCAUAUCGCGGCGUUACCGAUUUUAUUAUAAUAUUAAUAUUCAUUUAAUUUUUGUGAACUAUAUCUAUUUCCUAUCAAAAAUAUUACUACAAUAAAAAAACGAAAAUUGAUCUUUUUUGUUCAGUUUUAAAUCUAGAUGAUCACAAAGAAAAUUGAUUUCUGAUUUCCAAGAUAUUUUUAUGAUAAUUUGGAAAACUGGAAAUAUACGAAAAAUUAAAAACGAAUAAAUUUACGGCAUACGAUUUAAUUAUUUUAAAUUUUUAUGGCUUAUGAUUUCUACUAUAAACAUUGCUCCAAUGGAUAAAUAAGAGCCUUUUAGAUUCUUAACGGAGCGAGGAAUGUAUUGAUUUUACAAUGAUGUUUAUUUUUUUUAUUUUUUUUUUUUUAUGUGAACACUUAUUCUACCAGAAAGCUUACUCUGAUUAUCAAGUAUAGCACCUUUUCUAAAAAGAAAUGUUCUCUGGUAGUACUAUAAAUGGGUCAUUUUUUAAAAUUCUCAUUAAUAUUUGAGGUAAUGAGAAAAACGGGGUUCUUUAGGUUAAAAAAUAUUGAAAGAUUAAAAAUAAGGUUCUCAUUAGCAACCGUUUUUAUUUAUUUUAUGUUAUUAUUAAGUUUUUAUUAUUUUAAAUAAUCGUUUUUAUAUAAUCAUUGUUGUCAUGGAAACGCAGAUUGUAAUCAUUUUACUAUAAUAUAACAUAUAUUUUGGAAAAGCAACACUAUCAACUAAACUCCGCUCAGAAUCGUUUUUUCGUUAGCAAUGGCUUAUCAUUGCGUAAAGAUAUACAUCAAAUUUACGUUUGUAUCUUAUCUUCCCAAUUUCCCAUCUACAACAGUGGCUGCACCUACGUAAGAAGUAUGUCAGUCCUUUAUUUUUUAUUGAAUUUUUAGUCUAGUUAGUGAGUAUGAAAAAUUUUUAUUUUUCUUGUAUUUUUUUGAAUAACUAAGCAAAACCUAAACAAACGUAGAGAGAACGGACAAAUUUACGAAAAUAAUUUAUAUAAUAAUUUUAUUAUUUUCAUUUUUUUUUUUUUUUAUUAUAAUUCAAUUAAUAAUAUUCUUAGAAAAUUGAAAUUUUGAAAGAAAACUUAUGCUCAACUAUUCUAGACGUGGUAACAUUUAAAAAAAAAAAAAAUAUUUAAGCUAUUUCUGAGUUAUUUAUAUGCGUUUUAAUUUUGCUUGUUUUUUACGUAAUUUUUAUUUGGUAAAUACUCUGUGAAUAAGACCGUAAAAGUAAAAAGAAAUGCUUGAAAAUUUGACACGAGGUUUUUUAUAAGUCCUACUUAGUGGUCAAAUAGAAUAAUUUAAAUGUUAUGCAAUAUUUUAUUUUUUUAUAAGAGUUUUAUAAUCAAAUUUUGACAAAAAUCGUAAAUAUUACUGCCCUUCAAAACAUACAGACUGUCCCACGAAGAUAUUCUCCUUGAAUAUCUCCGAAGAUAAUAAAGUUAUUAAAAUUAUAUUUGUUUUUAUGUUACUCACAAGAAAAGAAGUACACAUAUUUAUGUAUGAAUUAUUAUUUUUUUUUUAAUAAUUCGUUUAAAAAUAAUUGUAGAGACCUGACAUUUUUACAGAAUACUUUUAUUUGCUUCAUAAACAAAUUAUGUGGAUGAUUGAUGAGUGGUUGGUUGAAUGCGUGAUUACACAUGUCAACAAAAAUGUGAAUUAUAGGAUCUUCUGUAUAGUAGCCUUUAUAAUUACAACCCUGAUUCUAUUGGAUUUAGGUUUAAUUUGAGUUUUUGUGAUAUUACUGUGAAUUCUACUAAUAAACUUUUAAAUUUUACAGAAAAAAAACUUUUACACAGUCACUGGUCGUAUUUAGUAUUGUAAAUUAAUAAUAAAUCAAUAUCAAUCGUACUCAUGCAAUUUUUCUAUCCACGUUAUAUUGUAUACUCAUUAUCAGGUCCUCGUGUCCAAACCAAUGCUUUGACGUCGGCUAUCGACGGUAACUUUAUAUAUGGCUCCAACGAAAAUGUGGCGAAAAAACUCCGGUCUUUCGAAGGUGGUAAGUUGUCAAUGGUUCCAGUCUUGGCUGGUCACAGGCUUAAACCGAUACUACCGCCGAAGAAACACCAACCGGACGACGGAUGCAUAAGGCCACAUCCGGAUCUCUAUUGUUUCCUAGCUGGUUAGCAUCGUACAAAUCAAUAUAAUAUUAUUAUUACAUAUUAUUUAAUGUACGAUUAUGACAAAAUAUUUAAAUGUUAUGUUAUCAUCGCGGUAUUAUAACGCCCACACAGGUGACAAUCGGGUGAACGAACAACUGGCUCUCGGUGUGCUACACACAAUUUUCGCUCGAGAACACAACCGGAUAGCUGACGAACUUUGUGCAAUCAAUUCGCACUGGGACGAUGAGCGACUUUAUCAAGUAAUGCAAAAUUGUCAAAAAAUUGCACGUUAAUAUAACUGUAAUAUUAUUACAUUUUAUACAUUACUUAUACUAGGAUAUUUCGGUAGUUUUUUUUUUUGUUAAAUUUCCCCUGAAAAUAAAUGCUAUUGUAUUGUAUUAAGUCUGUUAUAUGUAUAUCUAUAUACCUUUUUCCCUUUUUCCCUUUUUCCCUUUUUCCCUUUUGGACAUUUCUAGCAAUUUCCUGGACUAAAUUAGCUCAAACUCGGGAAGUUUAAUUGUUUGCAAGUGAAUUGAAGUGAUAUAAGUUUGGUUGAAUUUCAAUAUGAACUUAACCAUGUUGUUGUGGAAGGAGGUUAUUUUUUAGCUUUAUAUCUAUACCACUACAGACCUCCUGAAUUAAGAGUUAGGGGAAUGUUAGGAAGCUAAGGGAUGAAAUUCUGUAUGUAUUUGGCGUAUAAUGUCAUAGAUUUACCUUUUAUAAGUUUCAACAUUCAAUUUCUAGUACUCCCAACCAUAUAAUUUUUUUAAUAAAAUCUUAUAAUUUUUUUGGAAGUAAUAUAUUAUUGUAAUAUAAUAUAGGUAGUAUUGUAUUAUUUUACGAGUAUUACAAGGUUACUUCAUUUUUACGCAAAGUUCUAUAUAAUACAAAUUAGGUUUGGAAGAAAUUUGACUCUAGUGACAAUGCUCUACUGCUCACGGAUAUUUUUUUUCUAGUUUUUAUUAGUUCUUUCCUGUAAGAAGUUUGUUGUGAAUUUUAACUUAUACUAUAACAAAAUAAACUAUAGUAUAUUUAAAUAUUCGUUUCAUCAUUUGUAAUAUUUUUUGUUCGUAAUACUUUGUAACAGGAAACACGAAGAAUCGUGGGUGCGAUGAUACAACACAUCACUUAUAACGAGUUUCUGCCAAAGCUUCUUGGCAAACACACAAUGAGGAAAUACGGUCUGGAGCUCUCACCGACAGGAUAUUCGAAUAAUUACGAUCCGGACACGGAUAUAACGAUACCAGCCGUGUUCGGCGCAGCAGCGUUCCGUUUUGGCCAUUCGCUGUUGCCUGAUGCCAUGGAACGAUGGAGUGUCGACCACAAAUUCUUAGGUUCUAGACGAUUCAGCGAAAUGUUCCAACAGCCGUACGACCUCCACAAGCCCGGCUGGCUGGACCAGUAUCUGUUGGGCAUGGUAAAUCAGGCGUCGCAGGCAAUGGACGACGCAGUUACAUCACAGGUACAGAUCAUACCUAAAUCAUGGUUGUAAUCAGUGGGUGAAACUUUAGGAGAACUAUAUUUAUCAAAAUUGAUGGAUGUUCUCAAGGGUUAACUUAAGCAAAAUUAAAAUUUCUAGAAACCUAUCGUGAUUGCCAAAAUGUUUUUUUUCUACAUAUGUUUAAUUGUAAAAAUGUCAUGCUAGGAUUUUAAAAAUAAACUGUACCCCAUCUUAUAAAAAAAAAAAAAAAAAAUAGUAUCUAUAUAUUCGGUAAAAAUAAAGUAAAACAGUGUCUGAUUAUAUAUAAUUGUAUACGCAUUAAAGGAUUUAUUAAAAAUAGAACUAAUUCGGGUUUUUAACAUUUUAUUAAAAAUGCCUCAGUGGCAAUAAUUUAAGCGUCCCACCGGAUUUCGAAGACUUAAACGAAAGAGAACGGAUAAUUUUACUUUAAAUAAGAAGAGAACUCCAUUGCCACCACUUUAACCGUCAGUUUUAUUAUUGAUGAUAUAUAAUAAUGAUUACUGACCAGUGGUAACGUGAUGUUUUUAUCGAUCACUACAGGUGACCAAUCACUUGUUCCAAGAACCAGCCAACGAUUAUGGCAAAGACUUGGCAUCUAUCAACAUACAGAGGGCCAGAGAACAUGGAAUACCCAGUUACCCGGCCUGGCGACAGUUUUGCAAGCUCCCGCCUAUCAAAUCGUGGAGCUCCAUGCUGACCGAUAUAAGCAACGCCACGAUAAAGGCCUACUACGAUCUGUACACAUCUCCCGAGGAUGUGGAUUUGUGGUCCGCGGGUGUGUCGGAACGUUCUAUUGAAGACAGCAUCAUAGGACCAACAUUCGGCUGCAUCAUCGCCAAAACGUUUAGUGAUCUGAAAAAAGGAGACCGAUUUUGGUAUGAAAAUCCCGGUCUACCCAAUUCGUUCACAUUAGGUAACUAUACAACUAUAUAGGUACAAUGUACUUACCAACAUGAUAUGAUAGUAGGUGCAAGUUUUCUAGGUUAUUAUUAUGGGUUAGAGCAUUGGUAAUUACUAAUUAAUACUUAAAAAAUAUAUUAUAAUAAUUGUUGUGCUGAUUUAAUCGUCCCUUUUUUUGACCAUUUAAAAUUAGAUUUUUUUUUUUAUUAAAUCCUUUCAAAAACCAAAAUUAAAUUUAAAAAAAUUAAUUCAGUUCAACUUGUAUAUCCCCACUCCCAUUCCCUCUCCUAUCACAGUUAAACGUUUUAUCCAUACCCGUGAAAAAUUAACCAUUUUUUUUGUAUCAUUCAUGUUACCUGGGUAACUAAAAAAUUUAAUUUUUCAAAAAAAAAACCCGUACAAACUUUUGGUAGUUGAAUUUCGGAUAUCUGGCAUCAAAAUGCACACUACAGAUCUGUUCAUCCACUACUUGGAUAUUUGCAGAUCUUUUUUUUAGUAUCUUUUCGAUUCAAUGAUUGCGUAUUAUUGUUUCAGAGCAAUUGAAUGAAAUAAAAAAAGUAAAAUUAUCUCGAGUAAUCUGCGAUAACAGUGACAACAUUGUAACAAUUCAGCCGUUUGCACUGGAACAACCAUCACAGUACAAGUAUAUUCUCGGAAUACCUAUUUCUUAAUUGAAAUAUUAUGUAAAAUGUUAAUAUUCGAUCGAUAUUUAACUUAUGUGCUUACUAUUUUUAGAAAUAACCGAGUGUCCUGUAAAGGAUAUUUGUUGCCACAAAUGGAUUUAUGGGCCUGGAAAGAAUAUACAGGAUGCUGUUCAAAGAAGAAAGUAAGUAAUUUCACUUUUAGUACUUACAUAUUAUAUAAAUAAUAAAUAUAGCACUAUUAUACUUGGCCCUUCAAAAUUCAAUUUUAAUUUACAACACAGGUUCCAAAUCCAAAUAAUCCAAACACUCAAAUCCACAAAGUCCAAGUAAAUGAAUGGAAUAAGGAAGAUGAUAAUCUGCAGAAGUUUAUCCAAGCAAUUGCUGUAAACAUAUCGUCGUCGAAACCAAAUUCAUGGAAAUAAAAAAUAGACAUUCUUAGUACCUACUAAUUUAUUACCAACCUAUUUAUUUAUAUUAUCAAUGAU